GGAAUGAAUUGGAGAAGCCCAACCCAAAUGUUGGGGAAAGAGAGAGAAAAGAACCGGAUACGGCAAUCCAGUGACUCCGGGCGGCUUUGCGACUUGCUCCGCAUUCGACUCUGACUUCAUCUCCAACAAACAACUCUCUCUCUCUUUCUCUCUCUCUCUCUCUCUCUCCCGCAACUGCAGCGUCAUUGCUCCCUUCCUCGAUCAUAUUUCACGACAUAGUUUGGAGCACUACUGCCGGAAUCUGCGUUGAAAAAUAGGCUCGACCCCGCCCAGUGCAUGCUCGAGGCUCAACCCAACUUUUCCCCUUUCUGGCGGGCUGCCUUUUCGCCGCCACUCCACUACCACCUGCUUCUCGUCACUCUACCAGAUCAUGCCCCCGGCCAACUCGCCAUCUGAUCCCUCCUCCCAGUCUUCUUCUGCUUCCUCCUUGCGGCCUGUCCCCGUUCCUGUACCCUCUCUCCCCGCCGCCGUGUCCGAUGAAGCCCAUGAUGAUAACGUGAGCUUUUUGCGAUCGCGUGUGCGCUCCCCGCCCGACUCAUCUUCCUCCCUCAGUCGCCAGCGCCGUGGUCGACUACAAAAUCUGAUGGAAUUCGAUCUCGCCCCUUUCGAAUCGGAGGACUUCUCGAAUCCGCGGAUUGAAAGCAAUCGUCGCAUCCCGAUUGUGCGCCGCCAGCGCGACAGUCCAAAUACCCACCACAACACGACCUCCAAUCCCAACAGCCUGCCGAACUAUGAGGGCAGAAUGUCGAAUCCGCGCUCGCUUUACGGAUGGGCGCCCGCUUCUGACGACGACGACGACGAUGAGGAAAUGAGCUACGAGCCGCUACAUGAUAGCAAUGCCAUUUCCUGGUUUGGCCGCUUUUCGGAACGAUAUACUGCCUUUCGCGAUCCACGCCGUGAGGCUGCCGGUCGGAGUCCACCUACAGUGACAGAAGAGCCCACGGAGAACAGCAAUCGUUCCUCGAACGAAUCACCGUACACCAUGGCAGACGCUUUGGUGCAGUCAAUACGCCGCCAACCACGCCCCCCACGGACCAGGACUCUGCAGAAUUACUUGGUUGAGCGAGAACGUGCAAGUCAAGCAGCAGAGGAACUGAGGGAACGGUCUGGCACCAGUUCCACCUCACGAGCAUAUCGAUUCUUACCCAGCAUUCGCAGCGAACCGCACCGACCCCUGACACACAAUGAUCUUCGCGCUCGAAUCAGUGCUCAUCGACAGCUACAUAUGGAUAAUGCUCCAAGUCCUCGGUUAAAGGAGACAAUUCGCUACCUGGACCGGUUACGCUAUUCGACCUCGUUCGAGGAAAGCUUGUCGUCAGCCGCCGCCGGAGGUUUCGUUCACCUCGACUUUCUUAAUGGGAACGAGGAUGAUUUUAUCAUCGACACUGCAUCGAUCGCACCGCCGCCUGAAUGCUCAUGGCUCCGGCCUGGUGUGAUAUUUUCUGGAUCGCAACGAGCUGCCAGCAGUGCCGGUGCGUUCUUUACACAGCGAGCUAGUCCGUCAUUACCACACGAUCCUCUUGUCGUUAACAGCAGUGAUGCCAACCGCAUCAGCGUGUCCACGAGUACGGGUCGGCGAUACAUGGCCAACAAUAUCUACAAUAUAGGAGCUGUCAAGGAUGAAAAUUGGCCGGUCAAGGUUACCAUUCACAACAUCAAUCACGAAGACAUGACCUUGGCCGGCACCAUGGAAGCCUACAACAUCCCCGACAAGACGUCCCCGUCCCAUGACGCUCAUAUCAUCACAUAUCUUGAGGGCGAGAUCAUUGACUUCAACAAACAUACCCUGGAGACGAAGAAUUUCAAGGCCGACGCCGAGAUCGACAGCACGUACUGGCGAGAGCUUCAGCCAUUCAAGAACCUGACCGAUGAGGAAAUGACGCGGAACCUAGUCAGUCGCAAAUGGGUCACCGAGGCAUUGUCGAAAGGGUGGAUCCUGAUGAGAUGGAAGGAGCGAUGUUUCAUCACCCCGACCGACUCGCGACAAGGCCUGACGAUCUCUGGGUUCUAUUACAUCUCGCUGAACCGCGAAAACGGACAUAUCGAAGGAUUGUAUUACGACCCAGGCAGUUCACCGUACCAGCAACUAUCAUUAAAUCCCGAGACACGAAAGAUGGUGCGUCCGUCUUACGGAUUCCGGUGAGUAGGUUUUGUAUUUGAGGUGAUAUGCGCAUAGCCGGUGUUGUUGUCUUCUUUGCAAAUAAUUGGGGAAACCUGGAGCAAUGUCAGAAGCUGUCAAGCUACGUACAUAUUUUUUUGGGAAAUCUAGG